AUGUCCACUACACUUCUUCGCACAUCUGCUGCAGCUCGUCCUGCUCUUAGAGCUAGCUCUUCCAAACGGGCUGCUUCAAUGGCAAGCACAAGCUUCGUCCGUGGAAAGGCUACUCUUCCCGAUCUUCCAUAUGAUUAUGGCGCGCUUGAACCUUCCAUCUCCGGCAAGAUCAUGGAGCUUCAUCACAAGAAGCAUCAUCAAACUUACGUCAACAGCUUCAAUACUGCGAGCGAGCAACUUGAGGCCGCUGAAUCCAAGGGAGACAUUGCUGCUGCCAUUGCAUUACAACCCCUCAUUAACUUCCACGGUGGCGGACAUUUGAACCACAGUUUGUUCUGGGAAAAUUUGGCACCAAGCAAGAAUGGUGGUGGUGGAGAACCUGCAGGUACUUUGAAGACUGCAAUUGAGACCAGCUAUGGAGACUUCUCAUCCUUCAAGACCAAAUUCAACGCGGCAUUGGCAGGCAUUCAAGGUAGUGGAUGGGCGUGGUUAGUCAAGGAUAACGAGACUGGUCAAGUUCAAAUCAAAACAUACGCAAACCAAGAUCCAGUAGUGGGCAAGUUUACUCCCUUGUUGGGUGUUGAUGCUUGGGAGCAUGCUUACUACUUGCAAUACGAGAACAGAAAGGCCGAGUAUUUCAGUGCUAUCUGGGAUGUGAUUAACUGGAAGACUGUCGAGAAGAGAUUGAAGUGA